GUGUGAUUGGUCUUUAGAAACACAGGAAAUGUCAAGGCUUUAACACAGACACUUCUCAUUCAGUCAGACAUCAGUGUGACAGGAUGGAGCUCCGUCCACUCUGUGUGUUUCUCUUGCUGAUGGGACUCAUCCACUGCACAACAACAGAAAAACCGAAACCUGAACUCACAUCAGACCUUAAAGGAGCCGCACUGACAGGAAACUCAGUGACUCUGUACUGUACACUGAAGCUGCAGUCUGAUGGAUGGAAGUUUUACUGGAGCAAUCACACACAGAGCACUGAGACUGAGACUGAAACACACUCCUACACCAUCAACCCAGUUAGUGUCUCUGAUGGAGGUCAGUACAGGUGCAGAGCUGGAAGAGGAAAACCAGUCUACUACACAGACUACAGUGAUGCACUCUGGGUAGACGUUAUUGAUAGUCCUAAACCUGUGGUGAUUAUAAAGCCUGGUACACAGGUGUACAGAGAAGAGAAAGUGACUCUCAGGUGUAACAUACAGGGAGGAGGAGGCACUCAGUGGACAUACAGCUGGUAUAAGAAAGAUUACACACUCUACCCAUACCGCACAACACAGGAGUUCAGCUUCAGCUCAGUUAGAAAUGAUAACAGUGGUGAAUACACCUGCAUAGGGAGGAGAAGCAGUGACUCUCAGAGCUCAGAGAUCAGUGAUGCUGUUACACUCACUGUAUCAGAAAAACCUAAACCUGAACUCACAUCAAGCCGUGAAGGAGCUGUACUGACAGGAAACUCAGUGACUCUGUACUGUACACUGAAGCCGCAGUCUGAUGGAUGGAAGUUUUACUGGAGCAAUCACACACAGAGCCGUCAGACUGAGACUGAAACACACACCUACACCAUCAGCUCAGUUAGUGUCUCUGAUGGAGGUCAGUACUGGUGCAGAGCUGGAAGAGGAAAACCAGUCUACUACACAGACUACAGUGAUGCACUCUGGGUAAAUGUUAUUGAGAGUCCUAAACCUGUGGUGAUUAUAAAGCCUGAUACACAGGUGUUCAGAGGAGAGACUGUGACUUUCAGGUGUGAAAUACAGGGAGGAGACACUGAGUGGACAUACGACUGGUAUAGGGACGAUAACACAUUCAACCCAUCCAUCACAGCACAGGGGAUCAUCAGCAGUGAUUAUGACAGUGGUAAAUACACCUGCAGAGGGAGGAGGAGAAGUGACUCUCAGAUCUCAAAGACGAGUGAUCCUGUUACACUCACUGUAUCAGAAAAACCUAAACCUCAACUCACAUCAAGCCUUAAAGGAGCUGUACUGACAGGAAACUCAGUGACUCUGUACUGUACACUGAAGCUGCAGUCUGAUGGAUGGAAGUUUUACUGGAGCAAACGAAGACAGAGAACUGAGACUGACACUGAAACAUACACCUACAGUAGAUCAGUUAGAGUCUCUGAUGGAGGUCAGUACAAGUGCAGAGCUGGAAGAGGAAACCCAGUCUACUACACAGACUACAGUGAUGAACUCAGGGUAGACGUUAUUGAGAGUCCUAAACCUGUGGUGAUUAUAAAGCCUGAUACACAGGUGUUCAGAGGAGAGAGAGUGACUUUCAGGUGUGACAUAAAGGGAGGAGACACUGAGUGGACAUACGACUGGUAUAGGGACGAUAAAACAUUCUACACAUCCCACACAACACUGGAGUUCAUCAUCAGUAAUUAUGACAGUGGUAAAUACACCUGCAGAGGGAGGAGAAGUGACUCUCAGAUCUCAAAGACGAGUGAUCCUGUUACACUCACUGUAUCAGAAAAACCUAAACCUCAACUCACAUCAAGACGUGAAGGAGCUGUACUGACAGGAAACUCAGUGACUCUGUACUGUACACUGAAGCCGCCGUCUGAUGGAUGGAAGUUUUACUGGAGCAAACACACACAGAGCCCUGAGACUGAGACUGAAACACACUCCUACACCAUCAACCCAGGUAGUGUGUCUGAUCGAGGUCAUUACAAGUGCAGAGCUGGAAGAGGAAACCCGGCCUACUACACACACUACAGUAAUGAACUCAGGGUAGAUGUUAUUGUGAGGCCUAAACCUGUGUUGAUUAUAAAGCCUGAUACACAGGUGUACAGAGAAGAGAAAGUGACUCUCACGUGUAACAUACAGGGAGAAAGAGACACUCAUUGGACAUACAGCUGGUAUAAAAAUAAAAUAGAGUACGGUCACCACACAACACAGGGGUUCAGCAUCAGCUCAGUUACAGACUCUGACAGUGGUAAAUACACCUGCAGAAGGUCGAGAAGCAGUUACUAUCAGAUCUCAGAGAUCAGUGAUGCUGUUACACUCACUGUAUCAGGUGAGUGUGUGAGUUUAUGUUAUUACUUUUUGUUAUAAUAUGCUAUUACAUUUGUUUUUAUUAUAUGUAAAGUAUAUUAAUAAUUCCAGCUUUCAGAUUUGUUCCAGAUUAUUUUUAGUGAGCUACACUGUAACUGAGUCUCAUUACAACAACUUUACAGCUUCCUUCUGUCUGUUUACUCUUAAUUUUCACUUUUCUAUCUUAAAGACUAAUUGACGUGAUUACUGGUCAAGACCGUAAUCAUCACUUAUUACUCAGUCUGACUGGUGGAACGUAGGGCUGCACGAUUAUGGCCAAAAUGAUAAUCACGAUUAUUUUUGAUCAAUAUUGAGAUCACAGUUAUUUAUCACGAUUAUUGACUGAUUUUAGGGACAACAUAUUUUUAUUGCACUUUCACAUUUAAAUAAACAGACUGCUGCUUUCAUCUCCAUGUUGUGCUACAUUCCUGCUAAUGUACAAAUCACUGCAUCAAAUUAGACUGGUGUUUAAAGUACAUCAUCUCAUAGAAGCAAAAUAUAAAUAAAAUUGUACCCAAAAUAUAGGAAAAGUGAAAAUAAA